CGCAUGCUCAGUCACCGCUUCCGCGACAUACCUAGCCAUCUUUCCAGUAAAGUCAAAAGUAAUUGUUUUUCAACUUUAGUCUUAUUUAAAGGAACUUUUAUUAAUGUCAGAGCCACAGUCCGCUCUUCUACUAAGAAAACAAUUAGCAGAAUUGAAUAAAAACCCGGUUGAAGGGUUUUCCGCUGGUCUAAUAGACGACAAUGAUAUUUAUCGAUGGGAAGUGCUUAUUAUUGGACCUCCGGAUACUCUGUACGAGGGUGGAUUUUUCAAAGCGCAUUUGCAAUUCCCAAAAGAAUAUCCCCUUAGGCCUCCAAGAAUGAAAUUUAUUACAGAAAUAUGGCAUCCGAACAUCGAAAAAAAUGGUGACGUGUGCAUAUCGAUCUUGCACGAGCCGGGAGAUGAUAAGUGGGGCUACGAAAAGGCUUCUGAGCGGUGGCUUCCAGUUCACACAGUUGAAACAAUUCUUAUAAGCGUGAUUAGCAUGCUCGCUGAUCCAAAUGAUGAAAGUCCCGCCAAUGUAGAUGCCGCCAAAGAGUGGAGAGAGAGUUAUACGGAGUUCAAACGGAAGGUGGCAAGGUGUGUCCGAAAAAGCCAAGAGGAAUGUUUGUAGGGGGAAUAAGUAAUAUUCAAACGGAAAGACUUGUUUAAUUCUGCUGUAGCAGAUAUCCGCGGCCAAAGCAGAAAUUUUGCAGCUGGAGCAGAGAUUUUGCAACCGGAGCAGAAAUUUGCUUGAUAAGCAUUGGUGAGCCGACGACUUUCCUCCUCUCGCGCUCGGACUUGCGGUUCUGAACUAAAAUUUAGGUUGAAAUUUGUAUGAUUUUUGUCCAUCUAUAUACAUCUAUAUUAAUAUUGUCAAUUAAAUUUUUAAUUAAAUCAAAGGAACAUUUAGUUUGGUUAAUUAAUAAUUUUUUUCCUCCAUCUGGAUGAUAGGUGACCGUUGAAAAAUAGAAAUUCGCAGCUAGAACAUUCUGUAUUGUUUUGAUUUGUACUUACUCCAAUUAUGAGAAUAUUUCUCGUACGGCCGUCUUUUUCGACAAUAACUAUGCUAUUGGUUAUUUUCAAAUGAAAGGAUUAUUGUAAUUACUUUUAAUCAUUUUAUCAAAUUUGUCCACACACGAACCUGUAAGAUAUUGUGAAGUAAAAGUGUUACACACAUCACAUUUUACAUGCAGUUUUGUCCGGGUUUUUGUCGCCUACGAAACAAAUUAGAUCAUUUUUAUUUAAACCUGCUGCAAUAAAAGAAUAUUAUACGUAA